AUGCAGAAGAUUUCUUUCCAUUAUGAGGUAGCCGCGGCCGGGGCCGAGCAGCCGACACGUGUGGAGGGCUCAACUCCGCUGACGGUGGCGAAUCUGUCUAAUGCUUUACAGGAAGCCUUGCUCCCUCUGAUGUCGGCCUUGGUGGAGAAGAUGAUCUCCUCUCAAUCAAAGCCACUGUCGUCGACCCAGUCAGGUGCGUUCGCGGCGAAACCAACAGAAGGCCAAAACUCUACUCUGGGGGAGCCCAAACCAGUCGCGCUUAGAGGUUUGGAGGCUAACGAACCGCCGAUCGUGUUUGCCAGUCCGAUCGUGCCGAACCAAGAGGUGGGUGGGUUCGGCGAGUGCUCGGCGGCAGGGGUUACUCGAGGUGUGACGUUGGGUCGAGGAGCUGCCAUCAGCGACACCUCCUUGAAACAACCUGAGAUCGUGACUUUCGAAGGGGAGAACACAGAGGGAUGGUUGAUGCAAAUGGAGCAAUAUUUUAUUCGUUUGCAGAUUACAGAGGUGGAAAAGUUGGAGUUGGUAGUCUUUGCACUUACUAGUCCUGCCUUGACGUUGUUCCAGUGUGAAAAACAAGACAAACCAUUUAUGGGUUGGUCUGAUUUCAAGGAACGUGUCCUUGCUCGUUUUGGUGCCGAAUAUCGGCGUUCUUUUGAUGAGAUCCGAGCACUGUCAAAACAGGUGGAUGUUGAGUUUUUGGAGCAAGCCUUCUUAGAAGGGCUGAAACUGGAAAUCGCCUACACGGUUCAACUCUUUCAUGAAACAGGGCUUAUCCGACUCAUGGACAUGGCUCAAAAAGUGGAGAGAUGGCAGGAGAUACAAGGCAGUGGGUCUGCAACUGUGCGUAGUGGGGGUUGUCUACCCAUUUUUCAGCAAGGGUACCUAAGGUCGGACGGAGAUGUUCGCUGGAAUUCACGACCCAAUCGUUUCGUGGCUGGUACGCAACCGUCUGCCGUAGUAAAAUCACCACCACGGGAGUCGUCUCGUUCAAAUCCUGGGUUUGAGAGGCGUUUAAGCUUCAAAGAAAUGCAGGAGCGCAGAGUUAAGGGCUUAUGUUUCAACUGUGAUGCUCGUUUUCAACCUGGCCAUCAAUGUCCCGGUCGGCAACUGCGUUUGCUGAUUACUAGGGACGAGGACACUGAUGAGGAAGUGGAACCAGAGGUGACAGACAAACCGGAGGAUGAAGAUGACAAAAAUCUGGUCGAGUUAUCUCUCAACUCGAUUGUCGGGCUGUCAUCAAAACACACGAUGAAGCUGGCUGGUGAGCUGUGUGGCGAGCCAGUGAUCAUUCUCAUUGAUAGCGGGACUACUGAUAACUUUAUUUCAGAUCGUCUGGUGACUCGCUUGGGUCUCCACAUGGACGGCACACACACUUACGAGAUUUCUGUGGGAAAUGGCGAAAUCCUUAUCAGCCCUUGCAAGUGCCGGAAGCUGUCGUUGUCCGUCCAAGGUAUCGAUAUUUCUGACGACUUUCUGGUUUUCGAAUUGGGAAGCGCGGAUGUUAUCUUGGGUUAUAAGUGGCUGGGGACACUGGGGGAAACCAGGACUAAUUGGGGGCAACACCUGAUUCGCUUCCAACGGGAUGGAAAAUGGGUCACGUUGAAAGGGGAUCCAAGUCUGGUGCGUUCUGAAAUCUCACUGAACAUGAUGUUGCGGACCAUGCGACGGGAACGGGAAGGCAUCCUUGUUGAGCUGUCCACAUUACUUUCUACGGAAAAUCCGAAGGUUGGAGAUUCUUGGGUGGCGCUACAGUUUGUAUUAGACCAAUAUGCUGAUGUUUUUGCAAAACCCAAUGGAUUGCCACCUCGACGACACCGUGACCAUGCGAUCAUGCUGCACAGCCGUACAUCCCCUGUCAAUGUGCGUCCUUACCGCUAUCCUUAUGUCCAGAAAAACGCUAUCGAAGAACUAGUACGGGAGAUGCUGAAGGCCGGAAUAAUCAGACCAAGUGUGAGCCCGUAUUCCAGCCCAGUUCUGUUGGUUAAAAAGGAAGACGGUAGCUGGAGAUUUUGUGUGGAUUACCGAGCGCUUAACUCCGUCACGAUUCGUGACAGGUUCCCAAUUCCGACAAUUGAUGAGCUCUUGGACGAGUUACACGGAGCUACGAUUUUUUCAAAGAUCGACCUUAAAUCUGGUUAUCAUCAAAUCCGGGUCAAGCCAGAAGACAUCGAAAAGACGGCCUUCCGGACUCAUGAGGGCCACUACGAAUUCUUGGUCAUGCCUUUCGGAUUAACCAACGCAUCCGCAACGUUUCAAUCAAACAUGAACGAGGUAUUCCGCAACUUCUUGCGCAAGUUUGUUCUUGUAUUUUUCGACGAUUUCCUUGUCUUCAGCUGCACUAAAAAGGAACAUAUUCGAUAUUUGCGGGUGGUUUUGGAGAUAUUGCGGGAACACUCUCUUUUUGCUAACAAGAAGAAGUGUAGUUUUGGACAGCAACAGGUGGAUUAUAUAGGUCACGUGGUUUCGGGAGAUGGAGUGGCUGUUGACUAUGAGAAAAUUUGUGCGGUCACCGAUUGGCCUGUACCAAAGACUUUGACGGAAUUACGGGGGUUUCUAGGGCUGUCUAGAUAUUACGCUGCUUUGUACGUGGGUAUGAUGGCUUUAACGUCUACCCCGAUCUUAGCCCUUCCAGAUUUUAGCAAGCCUUUCAUCGUGGAGACCGACGCGUGUGAUUACGGGGUGGGAGCGGUGUUGAUUCAGGAGAGUCGCCCCAUUGCCUACAUGAGUCAAACAUUGUCGCAGCAGGCCAAGUUGAAAUCUGUCUACGAAAAAGAGCUGAUGGCAAUCGUCCUUGUUGUACAGAAAUGGCGACACUACCUAUGGGACAGGCGAUUCACCGGGGCUGAUGCCUUAUCUCGCCGACCGCCAGCUUCAAUUCUGGAGUAUCUCAGUCAACUUACGAUAGUGGGAUCACGUGAUAUCGAUUAUACUCUAAUUGAUUCAGCGGUGGCGGCCGAUCCUAUUUUGCAGGCUGUUUGUCGGGACCUUCUAGAUGGACGGGAAGUGGGUCGUUUCGUCCUACGGAAGGGCCACCUUAAUUACGAUGGUCGAAUUGUGGCGCCUCGACAUUCUGAGCUUGCUAACCAAUUUAUGGAGGAUGGGCAUUCUCAACCCUUGGGUGGGCAUUCGGAAAUUGAUAAGACUUACGAAUUAAACGCGAAGUCUUUUGGUUUGCGUUACAAGGCGUCGACAUUGUCUCCGGCGGGGCUGCUUCAACCCUUGCCCAUACCACCGAGUGUUUGGGCUUCAGUUUCAAUGGAUUUCAUCGAAGAACUACCAACAUCGGAAUGGAAGGACACCAUCUUCGUGGUUGUAGAUCGCCUCUCCAAGUAUGCUCACUUUAUCCCUCUUAAACAUCCUUUUACUGCAGCUGAUGUGGCUGGAGAACCCGUAGAUAACCCAACAACCUUGGACUCGUUGCUGGAAGAGAGGGACAGCAUCCUGGCGGAGCUGCAAGCAAAUCUGAGUCGUGCCCAGGUUUUGAUGCGCACCGCAGCUGAUCGGAGAUGUCGCGAGGCUGAAUUUAGUCCAGGUGAUUUGGUUUUCUUGAAGAUGCGACCGUAUCGUAUGAAGACGAUGGCUGCUAAGAGGAAUGAGAAGUUGGGUCCUCGAUACUUUGGCCCUUAUCCUAUCGAGCGUCGAGUUGGGAAGGUUGCCUACCAUCUACGUCUGCCAGAUUCAGCCUCAAUCCAUCCAGUUUUUCAUGUGUCUCAACUCAAACCAGCAGUUGGAGUAACGGUGAAUGUGGAGGCGCAACCCUUGCCGACGAGACUGACAGCAGAUUUGGAGUGGCGGGUACAACCAGAGAACUUGUAG